AUGAAUGAAAGUAAUGGAACUGAUGAUAUGAUGAAUAUAAGUGGUUUACCAAAGCCUAAUGAUCUAUUAGAAACUAUAUCGACACCAAGAGAAAACCUUUUAGAAUUACAAAAUUUGUCUAAUCAAGAAGAAGAGGGAGAACGGGAAUCGUUAGCUUCUCUAAAUGGUGUGGUGAAUGAAGAAUAUACAAUUGAUAAUGAUUUCAGUAACGAUUUGUUUGAGGAAGCAUUUGAUAGAAAUAAUGAACAUAAUGAAAUUAGUGAUAGCUCAGUCAUACAACCCGAUAAGCCUAUGACUAGAGCCCACAUCACUAGAAUAACAGGAAGUGAUAAAACUAGAACAGAACGAAACAAUAUAAAACUUUCCAUGAAUAUGAUAAAAAAUGUUGUAAAGUCAUUGCAAGUUGCACCUCCAAAGAGUAAUGGUUCUACGACUUCACAAAUAACACAUAAUCAAAAGCCCAAGAGACUAUCUUCUGACAUCUAUGAGUUUAUCCAGAAAAAGUCUGAUGAUUUUAUUCUGAAUGUGGUAGCGGACUUGGAAGCAUAUUCAAAACACCGAACUAACAACAAAGGGAAUCAAAUUAACAUCAAAGAUGUUCUUCUUUAUUUAAAUAGGAUUAAAUUUAGUACUGGUGAUCAGAAUAGAGUACAAGAUGUUGAUAGCAUAAGUAACUUGGCUUAUGAAUUCUUGCCAUUGGAGUUGCUUAUUUCACUUGAUAAUAACUUACAUGGCCGGGCAAAUAGUCAGAAGUCUAAAACCUAUGAAACGGAAGAUCAGUCAAGGAGCUACGCAAGUGAUAGCGAAUCUGAUUACGUUAAUGAAAUUGUUCCAAGGCGGAUAAAUAUAACUAAUGAUAGAAGACAUUUUAAAAUAUUAAGUGAUAGUGAAACUGAAUAA